AUGGCUGAAGGGGGAGUUAAAGAACGAACUUUGGAAGAAACACCAACUUGGGCUGUUGCAGUUGUGUGUCUUGUGUUACUUGCUGUUUCAAUCUUAAUUGAACAUAUUAUUCAUGUUAUUGGAAAGUGGUUGAAGAAGAAAAACAAAAAUGCUCUUUAUGAAGCUUUGGAAAAGAUCAAAGGAGAGCUUAUGCUACUAGGAUUCAUAUCCUUGCUUCUAACUGUGUUCCAAGAUAAUAUUUCUGAAAUAUGUGUAUCACAAAAAAUUGGAUCAACUUGGCAUCCUUGUUCCACUCCAAAGACAAAGUCUGAAACUAAAUCUGAUGAAUCAUUUGACUAUGAAACCAAUGAUAGAAAACUCUUGGAGUAUUUCGAUCCUAUACCUCGGAGAAUUCUUGCUACAAAAGGAUAUGAUAAAUGUUUUGAUAAGGGUCAAGUUGCUUUAGUUUCUGCAUAUGGAAUUCACCAACUCCAUAUAUUCAUUUUUGUGCUGGCACUAUUUCAUAUCCUUCAAUGUAUAAUAACAUUAACUUUGGGAAGAAUCAAGAUGAGGAAAUGGAAGACUUGGGAAGAUGAGACAAGAACAGUUGAAUAUCAAUUUUAUAAUGAUCCUGAGAGGUUUAGGUUUGCAAGGGACACAACAUUUGGAAGAAGGCACUUGAGCAUGUGGACUCGGUCACCUAUUUUAUUAUGGAUUGUUAGUUUCUUCAGACAAUUCUUUGGAUCUAUCAGUAGAGUUGAUUAUAUGGCUCUAAGGCAUGGAUUUAUCAUGGCUCAUCUUGCCCCAGUACAUGAAGCACAAUUUGAUUUCCAAAAGUAUAUAAGUAGAUCAAUUGAAGAGGAUUUUAAAGUUGUAGUAGGAAUAAGUCCAACUAUCUGGCUCUUCACAGUGCUUUUCCUUCUUACUAAUACUAAUGGGUGGUAUUCUUAUUAUUGGCUUCCAUUUCUUCCACUAAUUGUAAUCUUAUUAGUUGGUGCUAAGUUACAAAUGAUCAUAACAAAAAUGGGAUCAAGCAUUCAAGACAGAGGAGAAGUAAUCAAGGGUGCACCUACAGUUGAGCCUGGAGAUCACCUUUUCUGGUUCAAUCGUCCUAGCCUUCUUCUCUUCACGAUUCAUCUUGUUCUCUUUCAGAAUGCGUUUCAACUUGCAUUUUUUGCUUGGAGUACAUAUGAGUUUUCCAUAACCUCUUGCUUCCACAAAACCACUGCAGAUUCUGUCAUUAGAAUCACCAUAGGGGUAAUAAUACAAAUUCUAUGUAGCUAUGUGACUUUGCCUCUUUAUGCUUUAGUCACACAGAUGGGAUCAACCAUGAAACCAACCAUUUUCAACGAAAGAGUGGCAACAGCACUAAAGAACUGGCAUCACACAGCCAAAAAGCAGGUAAAACAGAGCAAGCAUUCAAACAACACGACACCAUAUUCAAGCCGGCCAUCAACCCCGACACACACCAUGUCUCCUGUUCACCUGCUCCAUAGACACACUGCUGGAAACAGUGACAGUCUACAAACUUCUCCGAAAAAGUCUGAUUAUAAAAAUGAACAAUGGGAUAUUGAAGGAGAAGGAACAACUUCCCUAAGAAACGAUCAAACAGGGCAACAUGAGAUCCAAAUAGCGAGUGUCGAUUCAUUUUCGUCAACCGAAUUGCCGGUUAGAAUUAGACAUGAAAUCACCUCUGGUUCAAAAGAUUUUUCUUUCGAGAAGCGACACUUAGGGAGCAAUUAG